CAUUAUGAUGUCGUAAAAUAUUCUAAAACGAAAUAAAAUAUACAACAUGGAAGAUAAAUUCUAUGUUAAAUGUAUAAAUUCUUGUUAUGUGAGUCAUUACGAGAAUCAUGUUUAUUUGCAUGAAAAAUAUUCAUAUAAUUUCGUAACAAAUUCUAUAAAUUCAAAUAUGCCUCCAAAAAAAAACACAAAUACUUCAAAAGCAAAUAAAUCUAAAACUGUAGAAACUAAUAAUGGAAAAGAAGAGAAAAAAAAAGGAAAUGCUGGGAAUGCUAUAAAGGUUAGACAUAUACUAUGUGAAAAACAAUCAAAAAUUUUGGAAGCUUUAGAAAAAUUAAAAGCUGGCGGAAAAUUUAAUGAAGUGGCUGCCAUUUAUAGUGAAGACAAAGCAAGAUCUGGGGGUGAUCUUGGAUGGAUGAUUAAAGGAUCAAUGGUAGGUCCAUUUCAAGAAGCUGCAUUUGCAUUACCUAUUUCUUCUAUUAAUUCUCCAAUCUAUACAGAUCCACCAAUUAAAACAAAAUUUGGUUAUCAUAUUAUAAUGGUAGAAAGUAAAAAAUAAAUGUAUAUUUAUAAUCUA